AUGAAUCUUUCGUUCGCCGACUGCGGCUUCUUGGGCAUCUACCACGUGGGCGUGGCCGUGUGCCCCAAGAAGCACGCCCCCCAACUGCUCCUGGAGCGGAUUGGGGGUGCCUCGGCCGGGGCCCUAGCCGCUUGCUGCCUGCUCUGCGACCUGCCCAUUGAGACAAUGGCCGCCGACUUCCUGCGGGAGUCCCUUCUGCGGGGAGAGCGACAUCUAUACUUGCAUCCGAAUCUCGCGGCCCAAUCUGCGGCGUAUGUUGCGAAUCGUACUACCGGGCCGGGCCGAGUUCCUCUCUUCCUUCUGCCAACAGGGCUACGACGACGCCCUAUAUUUCCUCAACCGCAACAAUCUCAUCGGACGCCUGCAGAUGUGGGACCAGUGCCAAGAGCACCUCCUGCCGCAAGCGGUCCGCGACACCAUCGACGGCUACGGCUACAUGGAGCAGGCCAACAAGGAGCUCGGUCAGUGGCUCUCACAUCCACAGUCGGGCAUUCAGCUAUUCUGCCUGCCCUGAUUUUCAAGGACCUCAGGAACAUGGAGCUGGCCCAUGAGAUUGCCCUGAAUCCGGAAUUCAAGCUGAAACAGUAUGAACCGCCAACGCACAGCUUUGAGGGGCGCGUCAAGGCCAUGGUGCACAAGGCCUACUGGGAUGUAUUGCGCACGCAGCUGGAGCGCCAGCCGCCGCAGUACGACCAGGCAAUACGCCUGCUUGCCGAGAUCAAGGAGUGUAUUCCCCAGCUGGUCACACCCAACGAGCGCACGCUGGUGCGAAUCAACGAGGUGCUGGACACCGACGUCAUCAGGCAGCAGGCGGAGCAGGGCGUGCUCGACUUCAAGUCCUAUGCCGAUUUUGUGAUUCUCAUUCUGUCGCAAUCGUGCAGUGCCGCCCGGGAUGAGGCGGUGGCCGAGCUAAGCAAGAUGGACGAUGUAGUAGACACCUUCCGCAGCAUUCUGGAGCUGAUGGCGAUGAUGAAGCUGGACAUGGCCAACUUCAUGCUGGAGCUGGCCCGAAAGGAAAUCUCCGCCAAUUCGGUGCAGUACGAGAAGGAGAAGCUCAGCAAGUAUCUGCACGAAUUCCAUGGCAAUGUUGGUUUCCCGGCCACUGAGGACUGGCUGCAGCGUAAUCGCUCUGAUGUCAGCAGCAUCCAUACCAUCUACAAUGGAUACAUGGAACUGAUCGACUAUCCGGAAGACAAGGACUUCCCCGAGCUUCUGCGAAUUGACAAGGAGCGCUUUGCGGGUAUAAGCUGGCGGGCCCAGCGCCUGAUCCUGUGCGCCUCGCUCAUCUCGAUUGCCCAGAGCCCCCCAAUUAUUUCGCAGCGUCCCAAUAACCGUGCGAAGCUAGCCAAGCAGCUGGAAAUCAUUAUGCAGGAUGUCAAAAAUGAAACCCAAGUGGCCGCUGCUCUGGAGAGCUGCUACGAGCAGAUCCGCUGCCUGGUGAACAGCGCCCUGUCGCAGGAGCAACAGCCGGAUAUGGACGAGGCUACCUUGGCGAGCCUGAAGAGCCAGCUGAUGCAGCUCAGCAACAAAACCUCACCAGUGCGCAGUCUUAUGGCCAAGCGCUUCUAUCUCUUUGUCCGUGUGUCGUUGCGCGCCGACAACCACAUUCCACCUCCGCCCGCCGGCUUCAAGGAAUUUGAGGAGGAGCUGACUGCACUUAUAUCGUCGAUACUGCGCUUGAUAUCCUACAAUCAUGCUGUCUUUGGGGAUCAGUUCUUCAAAAUCUUGGGAAAGACAACUCCCAGCGCUCCGGAGUCGACGUCCGAGCCUGCCGCAGCCACACCUAUUAAUGGCAUUGCACAGGUGGCCAACCCUUAAAAAAGGUAAUGUGGGACCCUGGACCUGGACCUACAGACGCCGAGAAAAAAAAAUAUAAAUGUUAACACCCAAAAAGGACAAUGAAGGAUGCCGCGAAAAAAGGAAUGUCUACUGGUAUUAUAGCACUGGAAACGCUAUAGACCCCGAAAACUGGAAAAGGAGAAGUGAGGAUGGUGACUAGGAGAAGGAAACGCCGUGCCCAUUGAACUCAACUAUCCAUUCUUAGCUCUUUAAACAUGUAUAUUCAAAAAGAUAAAUAUCUUUGAUUUGGAUCAUAAUUAAUAUAAUUUGAAAGUCAA